UUCCACAUAGCCGCCGAUGGGUGGGAGGGCGACACGUCGAUUUAUCAACGCCUGUGUGCAGCGGAUGCUGCUCCCCAUCUCGUCAGUUUGACUAUCAUGACAGAAGGCAGGGACGUCGUCGGAGGCGUCCUACCCCAGUUAUUCAGCGGACAGAUGCCCAAUGUCCGACAGCUCUGCCUCGCACAUUUCACUUCGUGGCCUGUUGGCCUUUUCACAAAUUUAACGCACCUCUGUUUGCAUGACCAAUGCGAUGUAGGUCGUAUGACCACGUCGGAGUUUCUGGAUUUCAUAGAGCAAUCACCGCGGCUAGAGGAGCUCAAUCUU